GCGUUUGGUUUCGUUUUGUCGGGGCCGGGACAGCUGGUGGUGUUGACGGCCGAAAUGGGAGUCCCCAAGUUUUACCGCUGGAUCUCAGAGCGGUACCCUUGCCUCAGCGAGGUGGUGAAGGAGCAUCAGAUUCCUGAGUUUGACAAUUUGUACCUGGAUAUGAAUGGCAUCAUACACCAGUGCUCCCAUCCUAAUGAUGAUGAUGUCCACUUCAGAAUUUCCGAUGAUAAAAUCUUUACCGACAUUUUUCACUAUUUGGAGGUACUGUUUCGCAUUAUUAAGCCAAGGAAAGUGUUCUUCAUGGCCGUCGAUGGUGUGGCUCCUCGCGCAAAAAUGAACCAGCAGCGUGGCCGACGCUUUAGGUCAGCAAAGGAGGCAGAAGACAAAAUUAAAAAGGCGAUAGAAAAAGGAGAAAGUCUUCCUUCUGAGGCCAGAUUUGAUUCCAAUUGUAUUACACCAGGGACUGAAUUCAUGGCCAGGUUACACGAACAUCUGAAGUAUUUUGUAAAUAUGAAAAUUUCUACAGACAAGUCAUGGCAAGGAGUCACCAUCUACUUCUCAGGCCAUGAGACUCCAGGAGAAGGAGAACAUAAAAUCAUGGAAUUUAUCAGAUCCCAGAAAGCCAAACCAGAUCAUGAUCCAAACACCAGACACUGUCUUUAUGGUUUAGAUGCUGACCUGAUUAUGCUUGGAUUAACAAGCCAUGAAGCACAUUUCUCUCUUUUAAGAGAAGAGGUUCGGUUUGGAGGCAAAAAGACACAAAGGAUAUGUGCACCAGAAGAAACUACAUUUCACCUCCUACACCUGUCUUUAAUGAGAGAAUAUAUUGACUAUGAGUUUUCAUUAUUAAAAGACAAGAUCACAUUUCAAUAUGACAUUGAAAGGAUAAUAGAUGAUUGGAUUUUGAUGGGAUUUCUUGUUGGCAAUGAUUUUAUCCCCCAUCUACCUCAUUUACAUAUUAAUCAUGACGCACUUCCUCUUCUCUAUGGAACUUACAUCAGUGUCCUACCAGAACUCGGAGGCUAUAUCAAUGAAAGUGGACACCUCAACUUACCUCGUUUUGAGAAGUACCUUGUGAAACUAUCAGAUUUUGACCGGGAGCACUUCAGUGAAGUUUUUGUGGACCUAAAGUGGUUUGAGAGCAAAGUCGGUAACAAGUACCUCAAUGAAGCAGCAGGUGUGGCAGCUGAGGAAGCCAAGAACUACAAGGAAAAGAAAAAAUUAAAGGACCAGGAAAGUUUAUGUUGGGCUGCUUUAGACAAAAACAAAGAAGUGGCAGCUUCUAAGGAUAAUUUAGACGAUGAGCCUGAAGAUGAUGACCUGUUUGAAACAGAGUUUAGACAAUAUAAAAGAACAUACUACAUGACAAAGAUGGGUGUUGACGUAGUGUCUGAUGACUUCCUAGCUGAUCAAGCCUUGUGUUAUGUUCAGGCCAUACAGUGGAUUCUGCAUUAUUACUACCAUGGGGUUCAAUCCUGGAGCUGGUUUUAUCCCUACCAUUACGCACCUUUUUUGUCUGAUAUCCAGAACAUCAGUGCACUCAAAAUCCAUUUUGAACUAGGAAAGCCUUUUAAGCCUUUUGAACAGCUUCUAGCUGUACUUCCAGCAGCUAGCAAAAAUUUACUUCCGGAAUGCUACCAGCAUUUGAUGACCAGUGAAGACUCGCCGAUUAUAGAAUAUUACCCGCCUGACUUUAAAACCGACCUGAAUGGGAAGCAGCAGGAGUGGGAAGCUGUGGUUCUGAUCCCUUUCAUUGAUGAGAAGCGGCUGCUGGAAGCCAUGGAGACUUGUAAUCACUCCCUCAAAAAGGAAGAGAGAAAAAGAAACCAGCACAGCGAGUGCCUGAAGUGCUGGUAUGAUGGUGACACCAGCUCCACCUAUGCCUCUCCCUGGCCAGAAAAGUUUCCUGCCAUAGAAAGAUGCUAUGCAAGAUAUGAAAUCAUUUCAUUAGAUGCUUGGCAUGUAGACAUCAGCAAGAACAGAAUAACCAGGGUUGACCAGAAAGCAUUGUAUUUCUGUGGGUUUCCCACCCUGAAACACAUCAAUCACAAAUUUUUUUUAAAGAAAAGUGGAGUUCAAGUGUUUCAGCAAAGCAGUCGUGGCGAAAACAUGAUGUUGGAAAUAUUGAUGAAUGCAGAUUCAGAUGAGGCUAGAAUAGAGAAUAUUGCUUCAUCCAUACUUGGAAAGUCUGUCUUUGUUAAUUGGCCUCAUCUUGAAGAAGCUAGAGUGGUCGGUGUAUCAGAUGGAGAAACUAAGUUUUACUUGGAGGAACCUCCAGGAACACAGAAGCUUUAUUUGGGAAGAACUGCCCCACCAUCUAAAGUGUUUUAUCUUGGAGACAAAGAACAAUCUAACUGGUCAAAGGAAGUUCAGGGAAUUUCAGAAUUCUACUUUAGAAGAAAAGGAAUAAUAAUAAACGAAACACCUGCUAUUGUGUAUGCUCAGUUACUCACAGGCCGAAAAUAUCAGAUCAGUCAGAAAGGUGAUGUUCGUCUGGAGAAGCAGUGGUCACGACAAGUCCUUCCAUUUGUUUUUCAAACUAUUGUCACAGACAUCUGUGCUUUUGACUCACGUUUCUCCAGCAUCAAGACCUUGGGUGACUUGUUUCCUCCUGGGAGCAUGGUCUUCAUGCUUGGCUCUCCCUAUUACGGCUGCACUGGAGAAGUUCAGGACUCCAGGGAUGUGAUCCCAGAAGGCCGGAUUCGGGUACUGUUCAGCAUCCCUUGUGAACCUUCCCUGGAGACUUUGAUUCAGAACCAGCAUAAAUAUUCUAUAAAGUACAACCCAGGAUAUGUGUUGGCCAGUCGCCUUGGAGUGAGUGGAUACCUUGUUUCAAGGUUCACAGGAAGUAUUUUUAUUGGAAGAGGAUCUAGGAGAAACCCUCAUGGAGACCAAAAAGCAAAUGUGGGUUUAAACCUCAAAUUCAACAAAAAAAAUGAGGAAGUUCCUGGCUAUACCAAGAAGGUUGGGAGUGAAUGGAUGUAUUCCUUUGCGGCUGAACAGCUUCUUGUGGAGUACUUGGAGAGAUUUCCCGAGCUGUUCAGUUAUAUAUCCAAAAAUAGCCAAGAGGAUAUAUUCUAUGAAGAUGACAUUUGGCCUGGAGAAAAUGAGAAUGGAGCUGAGAAAGUUCAAGAAAUUAUUACUUGGCUAAAAGGACAUCCUGUCAGCACCUUGUCUCGUUCUUCUUGUGAUUUACAAAUACUGGAUGCAGCAAUUAUUGAGAAAAUUGAAGAAGAAGUUGAAAAAUGCAAGCAGAAAAAGAGUUGUAAAAAGGUGCGAGUGACUGUAAAGCCCUCCUUGCUGUACAGACCUCUGGAACAGCAGCAUGGUGUGGUUCCUGACCGGGAUGCAGAGUUCCGCCUCUUUGACCGGGUGGUAAAUGUGAGAGAGGACUUCUCCGUGCCAGUUGGCCUCCGGGGCACUGUCAUAGGAAUUAAAGGGGCUAAUAGAGAAGCUGAUGUAUUAUUCGAAGUAUUAUUUGAUGAAGAAUUUCCUGGAGGCCUAACAAUACGGUGCUCACCUGGCCGAGGAUACCGACUGCCACCCAGUGCCUUGGUGAACCUUUCUCACGGGACUCGUUCAGAAACCGGGAGCCAGAAGCUCACGGCCAUUGUGAAGCCACAGCCUGCAGCCAGCCACUACAUCUCCCACCCGUCUCUGCCAUCGGGGACCCUAGGUGGUCUCAACCACUCCCCACAGUCACUCUUCGUUCCCACUCAAGUUCCAGCAAAAGAUGACGCUGAGUUCUGUAACAUCUGGCACUCCCUGCAGAGCUCAAGCCCGGGACAAACCUUGAAGCCAACUCUCCAGGAGAAGGGUGCAGUUCUACCUCAAGAGAGUAGUCAAGUGUCUCACCAUCAUAAAUCUGGCUUCAGUGACAACAGUGUCAAAUGUCAGCAAAGAAAACAAGAAUCUCACAGAAAAUUUAAAGAGUCGUCUAAGAGUCCUAAAGCUGAGAGUCGGUCCCAUAAACAGACAGUUGGAGGGCCUGGAAAAUGUAAUAUUAAAUUAUUGAAGAGAAAUGAAAGUGCAGAAGUCUCAGAAAACCAAAAGGUUGUGACUGGUUAUCCAAAUACUAAGAAUAAGCCAAGCCCUGGAAUUGAAAACUUCUUAGCAUCCUUGAGUCUCCUCAAAGAAAAUGAAGGCCAGUCAUCUCAUGAAGAACCAAGUGAAGAACAUUUGUCUCCACAAUCAUUUGCUAUGAAAGGAACACGAAUGCUUAAAGAAAUUCUGAAAAUCGACAGCUCUGACCCAGAGAACCAUAAGAAUGAAAUGAAGCAGAUUGGUAGUGAAGUCACUAAUAAAAAGGAAGGACAUGAACCUUCUUCCCAGUCCAAACAAAUUAAAAAGAUAACCUUGCAUGCAAAUAAACCUCACAGUGCCGCAGAGUACCACCAUGUUCAGUCUAUGGAGAAUGUGUGUUGGCCUACGCCCAGCCAGAUCCCUCCAGUGUCCUCAUCAGUCACAGAACUUUCUCGCAUCUGUUCUCUCAUUGGACUACCACAACCAGACUUCUCCUUCCUCCGAACACCACAGACAAUGACGAUUUGCCAAGUCAAACUGUCCAACGGCUUGUUCAUACAGGGCCCCCAGUGUCCAUCAGAAAACGAAGCCCAGGAGAGAGCUGCAUUCUCUGCUCUCCAGCAGCUGGGCCCCUUUGGGAUGAAUUUCCCUUUGCCUCCACCAAUCUUCCCUGCACCAGGAUACCCUGCUGCCCCUCCAGGGACCCUCCCUCCGGUUUUCCCCCCACCCACAGGCUGGGAUCACUAUGGAAGCAGCUUAGCACUGGGGCCAGCCACCAUCAUGCCGCCACCCACCCAUCUCCCUGGCUCUGUGCCGUGGUGCCCGCCGGGGCCAGCUCCUGGGAAGGCCUUUCAUCACACUGCAUUUGCAGGGACCAUGCCUCUGGCUGGUGGGGGACCCUCCAGGGUGCAUCAUCAGUUCAUACCACUGCAGGUCACUAAAAAACGGGUUGCAAGCAGAAAGAACUAUGAGAAUAAGGAGACCCAAAGUUAUCCCACCACCACCACCCCACAGAGUAAUCAGCCAUCACCUGACGUCAGCAGAGGCAGCAGCCAGGAAAACCCGUCCCCUUCGGCCGAGCUUGUUCCCAGCCUACAGCCCGAAGCUCCUGCCAACACCCCCAGGAACACCCACACACAGGGCCAGGGCCCCCCUUUCCGGAAGGUACCACCAAGUUCGUCCAAGAGAAAACCCAGGAAGCUGGCUGUCAAUUUUGGUAUUUCCAAACCUUCUGAAUAAAUGUAGUAGUUGGAACUACAUUCACUUCUUUUCUUUUCACCCUCCUUUUAUAACCCCAGACCUGUCUCAAAAACUUAGAAUGUGCUCUUUUAAAACAUUUCAGUGGUACACUUUUUCUUGUCUUCAGCCUUUUUCAUGAUGUUUAAAAGGUUACACAUCAGAUUGCACAUUUUGAAUCUGUGCAGUUAGUUUAAAUCAAUUAUACCUCAACAAAGCGGUAAAAAAAGAGAAGAGUGGGGACAAAUUAAAUCCCAUGCUAAAAAUAAAAGCAGUGGGCUAGCUGCAGGCUCAGAAGUACCGUUCUGACCAGUGGCCCAUUUUCAAAACAUCCCAAACCCUGAAUUUGACAUCGGGUUGCAGUUAUCAGCAUUUCUUAUGCGGUUUGUUGAGGAUAAUUAGAGCAUGAAAAUGGGGCCUGGAGCAUAGCUCACUGAACGUGGCUUUCUCUUUGGCCCUGUAACUGUGUUUGGAGGAUGGUCUUAUUUCUGAGUAUUUCUGCUUUUGUGCCCUUUCCUCUCAGAGUACUAGAACCAGCACCAAAUCAGAUGGUGGCACUGCCAGCCUGCUUUAUUCUCAUUUUUGUACCAAAGCCACUUUACAUACAUACUGGCUUUCCUCCGGCUUCUUAGAACUUGAAAGAGCAAUCUAGACUUUUGAGUCAUCACAACUUCUGGAUUAUUCAAGAACCAGCAUGAAUAAUUUCUAAGACAAGUUUCAGAAACUACUACAGGGUACAGCAAUUGAUUCGUAGUUACUUUUCAAAGAAGAAUAAAGUACAAAAUAUGAA